ACUCCGUUAGAGGGAAGCACAGGUAAUCUCGAGCAAACACGAUGGCCAACAAUUCUUUCCCGUAAAUAUAUACGUUAUUGUCAUCGAGAUAAGGUCGCUUGACUAAAACUAUGCAACGGCUUUUCAAAACGUAAUGCAUGUCGCGGCAUUAGAGACUCUAUCAAGGGUGCCUGGUGAAGUCGGUGGCCUCCGUGAGACAGUAGCGAUGCUGUCUCGAAAGUGAGUUCAUGGCUGUUUAUAGAACGCGGAAGAAAGUAAACGAACCCGUUUAAUCUGUUUAAAACGACGAUUUUCAUAAAAUAUGAGUGUCAUCGUGUUUUCUGCAAUGGAAACAAUUAGGUUACGUUGACAUUGAGCGCAGUUCUAUAGAAGUACUGAACAACACGAGCAAUUUGUACGUUUAUUGACAGAGGGUAGAUAAAGAAUCAAGAUGAAAUAUGAUUGCUUGAACAUUCAUAUGAUGACGUUAAAUAAUCACUAUGUAGCUCUAACGAAUUAUCUCGUACAAAUUGGGUGUUACAUAUUUGUAUAUACAAGCAGUGUGUAAAGCAAUCUGCUUACAUUCACAAAAUGCCACACAUAACACGAAAAUGGGAACUUUUCCCAGGCAGAAAUCGAUUUUGUUGUGAUGGUAGAGUAAUGAUGGCACCACAAACUGGAGUAUUUUACGUGACUGUGUGCCUCAUAGCUGGAACAAGUGGAUUAUUCUUUGCUUUCGACUGUCCAUUUUUAGCAGUUCAUAUAACACCAGCUAUACCAGUUAUUGGUGCUCUGCUAUUUAUUUUUGUAAUGUCUGCUUUGUUCAGAACAAGCUUCAGUGAUCCUGGAGUUAUUCCAAGAGCAACGCUUGAUGAAGCUGCUUAUAUUGAAAAACAAAUUGAGGUACCAAACAAUGGUAAUUCUAAAAUGUAUAGACCCCCACCUCGAACAAAAGAGGUAUUAGUCAAAGGACAGCCAGUGAAGUUAAAAUACUGUUUUACUUGUAAAAUAUUUAGACCACCAAGAGCUUCACAUUGUAGCUUAUGUGAUAAUUGUGUAGAGAGAUUUGAUCAUCAUUGUCCAUGGGUGGGAAAUUGUGUUGGCAGAAGAAAUUACAGAUAUUUUUAUGCCUUUAUUGUGUCCUUGGCAUUUCUUUGCGUUUUUAUAUUUGCAUGCGCUGUUACACACUUAAUAAUGCUUACAAGAGAUGAAAGGCCAUUUUUAGAAGCAGUAAAGAUAUCUCCUGGAAGUGUUGUUGUAGCAAUUAUAUGCUUUUUUUCUGUUUGGAGUAUUCUUGGUCUUGCUGGUUUUCAUACAUAUUUAACUACUAGCAAUCAGACAACUAACGAGGAUAUUAAGGGAUCAUUUUCUAUUAAAACAGGACAAGAAAGUUUUAAUCUGUAUAGCCAAGGAAAUAUAUGUGGAAAUUGUUUCUACGUAUUAUGUGGACCAGCACCACCUAGUUUAAUCGAUCGAAGAGGUAUAGUAACACCUGAAUAUCGCGCAGAACAAGAAAGAGUUGGUGGUGACAGUGUAAUUACUAAUAAUAAAACGUAUGGUACAGUGAAAAUCGUACAACCACAGUCUAAUGGUACAACCGUUCAAGCAAAUCCCAGUCCCGAUCUCACAGGUUCCAUGAAUAAUCUCGUUUCUGGGCAACAUUCACCACAAAUUGAAUCAAUAAACGGUGAGUUAAGCCUUUUAAGGCAUACCGCACAUUAUCCCGAAGAUCUUCCAAAAUAUCCACGACACUACAUUAAUGAUAUCUAUGCUCAGGCAUAUGCGCGACAACAUUGUUUUCAGGAACCUAUGAAACAUGUAAAGUAUGAUACAGAAAUAGCAAAUCCAGAUUUUCAAAAAUAUCCUUGUAGGUGUGAAGAAAAUUUACAUAAAUAUUCUCAUAGGUGUAGAGAAGAGUACCAUAGAUGCUCAGAUAAUAAUUUAAUAUACGACCAGUGUGUCGGCGAUCAAAAAUAUGGUAUUGAUCUUCAAAAAUAUCCACAAAGAUAUUCCGAGGAUCCUAUACGAUAUAAAAUUGAUGAUAAAGCCGUUUAUACUGAUCUCCAAAAAUUUCCACAAUGCUAUUCUGAAGAUCCAUUACGAAUUUCUCAAUCUCAACAUACCCUUAAGUAUAAUAACCUGAGAUGCACUGUUCACGGUUUAAAAUAUCCAAUAUCAAAGAAUCUCUUGCCAACUGUUGUAAUGUCACGUAUAUUAGGGACAGAAGGAAUGCCAAUUAUUGGUCAAAAUGCAAUAGGACUUGCAGUUAACAGAUUUGGUUCAGGACCUUUAACUAAUGCUUUUUCUUAUGCAGACAAUACUUUAUGUCCAAAUGAUAAUACUGAAGAAGAUCUUUUAAAUCGGAGAUUUAUUAUGAGCUCAAUAAGCGAUAAUGAUGAUAUUUAAUUUUCAUUAAAAAUAAUUUUUUUCUUUAACAUUUUGAAAUGAUACUGUUUCAUUUAUUGAAAAAUAUUUAACGGCUAUGACACACUUGUGUGUUAAAAAAUUUUUUUAGUGUUAGAAUCAAAAUAGUAAUAUAAGUUUUAAUGUUCUAUCCCUUUACUAUUAGCAGAUGCUUAUAAACAAAAUUUUAAAUAAAAUUUAA